UAAAACGCUCUGCAAUGCUUCAUAAUUCUCUGGGUUAUCAUUAAUUUGUGCCAUUUUUUUGUUUUCUUGGCCAAAAUUUGAAGUUGGGUAUUGAUUUUACAUUUAAUUUUUUUUCCCACAUCAGUUUUGGGUUAAGAAAAAAGGGUUAAAAUAAUUUGUCUUUUGACGGUUGGCUAGAAUGGAUCAAGCUGAUAUAUACAAAGCAAGUAGUAGUUUAAGAGCAAACAGUGGGAAUUUUAAAAAUUUAAGAGCUAUGAGUACUUCUGCAUGGCGAAAUUCUGGUACGAAUGUUUUCUCAAAAUCUUCUCGUGAAGAAAAUGAUGAAGAAGCUCUUAAAUGGGCCGCUAUUGAAAGACUACCCACUUUUGAUCGUUUGAAGAAAGGUCUAUUGUUUGGAUCAAUGGGAGCUUCAAAUGAAGUUAACGUCGAUGAUCUUGGAAUCCAAGACCGAAAACGUUUAAUUGAUCGGCUUGUGAAUGCUGCUGAUGAAGAUAAUGAGAAGUUCUUGUUGAAACUUAGAGAGAGAAUUGACAGGGUUGGGAUUGAUUUGCCAACAAUUGAGGUAAAAUAUGAGCACUUGACUGUGGAAGCAGAUGUUAAUACUGGAAGCCGAGCUACACCUAGUUUUAUUAAUUUCUAUCUUGAUCUUGCAGAGGGUUUCUUGAGUCUUUUUAGUAUGCGUCCGAGUAGAAAAAAGCAUAUAACCAUCCUCGAUGAUGUUAGCGGUAUCAUAAAACCGGGCAGAAUGACUUUGCUUUUGGGGCCCCCAAGUUCUGGGAAGACAACUUUGUUAUUGGCAUUGGUUGGAAAUCUUGCUAAGGAGCUUAAGGUCUCUGGAAAGGUGACAUACAACGGGCAUGAGUUCCAUGAGUUUGUACCCAAGAGAACCUCAGCUUACAUAAGUCAAAAUGAUGUUCAUAUUGGAGAACUGACCGUUAGAGAAACACUGGCUUUCUCUGCCCGACUCCAAGGGAUCGGCUCACGCUAUGAGAUGCUGGUCGAGUUGGCAAGAAGAGAGAAAAAUGCGAACAUUAAACCAGAUCCUGAUAUUGAUAUCUUCAUGAAGGCAGCAGCAUCAAGAGAUCAAGAAGCUAGUGUUGUCACAGAUUACACACUCAAGAUAUUGGGUUUAGAUGAGUGUGCCGACACCAUGGUAGGGGAUCGAAUGACGAGAGGAAUAUCUGGUGGGCAAAAAAAGCGUGUUACAACAGGCGAAAUGAUAGUCGGACCAUUAAAGGUUCUUCUCAUGGAUGAGAUAUCUACUGGUUUGGAUAGCUCUACGACUUUCCAAAUUGUUAAUUCCCUUAAACAAUAUAUUCAUAUUCUCGAAGGAACUGCUCUCAUAUCUCUUCUUCAGCCUGCACCGGAGACAUACACUUUAUUUGAUGAUAUUAUACUCCUAAGUGAUGGCAAGAUUGUGUAUCAGGGUCCACGCGAAAACGUGCUCGACUUUUUUGAAUCUAUGGGAUUUAAAUGCCCAGAGAGGAAAGACGUUGCCGACUUCUUGCAAGAAGUUACAUCACAGAAAGAUCAGAAACAAUAUUGGAUGAGAGGACCUUACAAAUUUGUGACGGCCAAGGAAUUUGCUAAUGCAUAUGAAUCAUUUCAUGUUGGAAGGACACUAGCAAGUGAACUUGCAACGCCAUAUGAUAAAAGCAAAAGUCACCCAGCAGCUCUUACAACUAACAAGUAUGGUUUAAACAAAAAGGAGCUCAUUAAAGCUUGUAUUGAUAGGGAGAUUUUGCUCAUGAAGAGAAACUCAUUUAUCUACAUCUUCAAACUAGUCCAAGUAACUAUCAUGGCGACUAUGACUAUGUCUGUUUUCUUCCGAACUGAGAUGCAUAGACGUGGUAUUGACGAUGGAGGGCUAUAUUUUGGUGCACUGUUCUUUGGUGUCAUCAUGAUCAUGUUCAAUGGGAUGGCGGAUAUUCCAAUGACAAUCGCAAAGCUUCCUGUGUUCUACAAGCAACGCGAUUACUUCUUCUAUCCCACAUGGGCGUAUGCUCUUCCAACUUGGAUUGUCAAGAUUCCAGUUUCAUUUGUUGAAGCCGGAGUUUGGACAAUAUUAACUUACUAUACUAUAGGAUUUGAUCCUAAUAUAUGGCGAUUCCUAAAACAUUAUUUACUGCUCGUAGUUACUAGCCAGAUGUCCUCUGGGUUGUUCCGAUUCAUUGGUGCUACGGGUCGCAACAUGAUUGUGGCAAACACAGUUGGUUCAUUUGCAAUACUCCUUAUCUUUACAUUGGGUGGAUUCGUCUUAAACCAAUAUGAUGUAAAAAAAUGGUGGCUUUGGGCAUACUGGGCAUCACCAAUGAUGUAUUCGAUGAAUGGAAUAGUUGUGAAUGAAUAUCUUGGACAUAAAUUUAAAAAGCCUUUCUUGGAUACAACACUAGGGAGAGUUCUUGUUAAAUCUCGAGGAUUGUAUGCAGACUCUUAUUGGUAUUGGAUAGCUAUUGCGGCUUUGUUGGGUUACACUUUAGUAUACAAUUUGUGUUAUGCGCUCUCUCUUAGAUUUCUCAACCCAUUCGGGAAAAGACUAUCAAAUGCAGCGACGCUUGAAGAUCGUGGUGCACUAUCAACGAAUGAAGGAAAUGCAGACAAGAAGAGAGGAAUGAUACUUCCAUUUGAACCACAUUCUAUUACCUUUAAUAAUAUCAAAUACUCUGUUGAUAUGCCCCAGGAAAUGAAAGAGCAAGGUGUUAGUGAAGACCGAUUGGUGCUACUUAAGAAUUUAAGUGGAGCUUUCCGACCUGGUGUGCUUACAGCGCUUAUGGGGGUUAGUGGUGCCGGUAAAACUACCCUGAUGGAUGUACUUGCGGGUAGGAAAACAGGUGGAACUAUAGAGGGUGACAUUUGGAUUUCCGGGUAUCCAAAGAAACAGGAAACAUUUGCUAGGAUUUCUGGAUAUUGUGAACAAAACGACAUCCAUUCUCCUCAUGUUACUGUUUAUGAAUCCUUGAUCUACUCAGCUUGGCUACGAUUGCCAGCAGAUGUUGAUAAAAAUACCAGAAAGAUGUUUGUUGAUGAGGUGAUGGAACUUGUGGAACUGAACCCAUUAAGGGAUGCGUUGGUUGGGUUGCCUGGUGUGAACGGGCUAUCAACUGAACAACGCAAAAGGUUAACAAUAGCAGUCGAACUCGUGGCUAAUCCAUCUAUUAUAUUUAUGGAUGAGCCAACCUCCGGUCUAGACGCUAGAGCUGCUGCAAUUGUAAUGAGAACUGUUAGAAACACGGUUGACACGGGAAGAACAGUUGUCUGCACCAUUCAUCAACCAAGCAUGGACAUAUUUGAAGCUUUUGACGAGUUGUUCUUAAUGAAACGAGGAGGACAAGAGAUAUAUGUUGGGCCUAUUGGUCGCCGAUCUUGUGAUUUGAUCAAGUACUUUGAGGAUAUCCAAGGGGUGAGUAAGAUUAAAGAUGGUUAUAACCCUGCGACUUGGAUGUUGGAAGUCACUACUUCGUCCCAAGAACUAGCUUUGGGAGUCGAUUUCACUGAAAUCUAUAAGAAUUCAGAACUCUAUAAGAGAAACAAAGCACUUAUCGCUGAUCUAAGUCAACCACGGCCUGGUUCAAGUGACCUCCAUUUCCCAAAUCAAUACUCGAGGUCAUCCUUAGUACAAUGUCUGGCUUGUCUAUGGAAACAAAGAAAAUCAUAUUGGAGAAACACUCCUUAUACUGCUGUUCGUUUUGCCUUCACCACUUUCACCGGACUCCUUUUCGGAUCUAUUUUCUGGGAUCUUGGUAGUAAAAGGGCAAGCUUGAAGGAUUUGAGUAAUUCCAUGGGUUGUCUUUAUUGUUCAGCUUGUUUCUUAGGAUCCCAAAACGCAUCUGCGGUGCAGCCCGUUGUCGACAUUGAAAGAACGGUAUUUUAUCGAGAAAAAGCUGCUGGAAUGUAUUCUGCAUUGCCAUAUGCCUUUGCUCAGAUGUUGGUGGAAAUACCAUAUAUAUUUAUGCAAGCUGUAGUAUACGGUCUACUAGUCUAUUCAAUGAUAGGAUUUGAUUGGACAGCCGCAAAAUUCUUGUGGUUUUUUCUCUUCCUGUUCACCAACUUGCUAUACCUGACAUUCUAUGGCAUGAUGGCUGUCGCGGUUAGUCCCAAUGCUGACAUUGCUGCCAUCAUCAGUUCAGCGUUUUAUGGAUUCUGGAAUCUGUUUUCUGGAUUCAUUAUACCAAGACCCAAAAUUCCCAUAUGGUGGAGAUGGUAUUACUGGGCAAAUCCGAUCGCAUGGACAUUGUACGGUUUAAUUGUUUCGCAAUUUGGGGACUAUGAUGAUGUGCUUACUAACGGGGAGACGGUGAAAGGUUACUUGCGUAGAUAUUUGGGGUUCAGACAUGACUUCCUUGGAGCUGUGGCUGCUGUUCAUGUGGGAUUAGUGGUUGUUUUUGCGUUCAUAUUCGCUUAUUGCAUUAAAUCCUUCAAUUUCCAGAAGAGAUAAACUCCAUCAAUUGUGAUGGUAGAAGAAGAACAUUGUUUCAUCUAGUAUAUCAUUUCUAUUGUGAACUUAUAUAUCAUACCGUUGAGUAAUAAUUCAUGUUGUCAUAGCACGUUUAUAUUCUACAAUAU